UCAUUGAAGUUCCAAAAACAUUGGUUGAUCACAGAUGUUCUUCUUCUUUCACUGUCAACGGCUGACUUCGUCGGGGGAGCUUUCGCUCUUCAAAUUGUCAUUUUCAUGAAUUAUUUCCUUCUGGAGAAAUGGACAGCGUUCAACUGCGGCUUGUAUAUUGUGGUAGUGCAUUCACUUCGCUUUGCUUCCGCGGGAACUGUGACACUUAUGGCAAUCGAUCGAGCGUUUAUGAUCUUAAAGCCGUUUAAAUAUCAUACAACCAUCACAACUUCAAGAGUAAAGAAACUUGUUGUAUUCACUUGGGUCGGCGCUAUUUUGUUCGCAAGCUUGCCGUUUAUGGGAGUCGGAAAAUCGGGUUAUAAAGAUGGCAAAUGUCUUUAUCAUUUGACAGACUUGGGUAACACGUACUCAGUACUUAUUCUAACCGUGUCGUUUCUCUUACUAACAUCAGUGUUAGUUUGUUACUUUGCAAUUAAAUCUUCAAGUACAAAGUUUAUUCAACGGCAGACAAGAAUGGACAUUAAAAACAAGAGCGCUGGAACAGACGCGACUCGCGGGUCGAGUCCCAAGGUGCCCGGGUGCGAGAAGCCAAAGGAAAGACGGAAAAGCAACCCCUCAGGUGUCAGGGAGAUUCAAAGACUGUCGCGUAUGAUGGCUGUUGUUGUUUUUCUCUACUAUAUCAGCUGGCUGCCCAUGUUGAUCAGCAACAUCGUAACCUUGGCAACAGACCGGAGGUCUAGCAAGCUUGUCGUGCUUCUCACAGGAAUGGUGUCUCUUAUCUACGCCCUGGCAAACCCUAUCAUCUACGGCAAAAUGAGCAUGCGCUAUUGGUGGGCCUACAAGCGUGUGUUUGGAGCAGCGUGUGGGGUUUGCAAGGAGAAACCAAGAUCUUGGAGCAUUUCAUUUUCAACCAAAAGUACAAGUCGUUCACGGACUCUGACAAAUCCACAACUCCCCAAGGAACAAGAGUUCCACGAAAACGGCAUCAACAACGUACGGUCUGGGGACCAAACAACCGCGCAUGGGCAAGCUCAAGGCACCUCUGAAGUGCAGCCUAGUCGUGUGAUAGAAGGCUCAGAUGACAUCACAGAUGGUGUCGUUGUUGAUUUCCGUAGUGAGAGAGACAGUACAUUCAAUAGUGAAGUCACAAACAAAGAAGAGGCAAACAGUUCUUUCUUGUCAAAUGAUUUGUUACUCUAAGAUAAGACUAGAAUUGUUAACUGGAAUUUUUCAGUAUAGCGUUAUAUUCUUAUACAUGGAUGACUUUGGCUUAAUUAAUGUUCGACUGUAAAUAGUCGUUGUUUUAGACAGUAGAGCGAAGCGCGAGUCAGUGGAAUUCAGAUUGCCUCUACUUUCAAGACUACGUUUGUUUAAAAAAUGCUAAGCAAAAUUUCCUCCGCCUACUCUGGACGUCAUUUCCGUUCGGACUAAGACUAGGUAUCAGUUGAGCGUUUCAGAAUGCCUGGUAUCACUUGGUUAUUUGACAAAUCGAAUGCGGUUUAACGUGGUCUGUGCUCUUAGCGGCAACGAUACGCGUCAUCACAGUGGUCAAAGUGUUGUGGACUCACGAGGCGCGACCGAGUGUCCACAACAAAUUUUGCAGGAACCUCAGUGACCAAUCACAAACACGGACUUAAGUUUUAACUGACAUCAUAAUUUCACCGGAAAGAAGAGAUGGGCUCCUGAGCCAUUUUCUUCCUUGCCAAUGCGCGUUCAUGUAGACCGGAACUGACCUACUUCGCGGGAAAAGAAGCCUGAAAAUAGACCGCUCUGUAAAAAUGCCGUGACAAUGCCGUAAUUGUAUCUAUGAUUAAUUAUUAAUUAUUAGUAAUUGUUGUUAAUAAAAUUACUAUAUCAAGUACGUAGUUAUUGGAUAAUAAUAUUUAAAAAACUAAAAACCGGGCAGAGGAGUCGCCUUUUUAUUUAUUUAUUUAUUUAUUUUUAUUUAUUGUUACCACUAGUUUUAUCGUUUGUUGUUAAACCUGUUUUAGGUAUUUUAAUGUAAGUAAUUAUGUAGCUUUUUUGUAUGUUAUUCUGUAUGUGAACAAA